AUGGCAAUGAUCAUCGCUGCCGAAAACGAGAAGCAUCGGACUCAAAGCGAGAGCUGCAGCUAUUCAAAUAUUUUGGAUGAGGGCCUAUUGUCACUUGUUGUGGUGCCACAACCACCAUGCCCUUUGCCGUUCUUCGAACCGACAACAGUAUCGUCUUCUCCAUUCGUAUCUUUGCCACUUUCUUUUGAGGAUCCCUUUGAGGAUCCAAGCAUGGAGCCUAUUCCUCUUGGUCCCGACACUUCAAGCUGUCAGCAAGUCUCAUCUCUUCAAUCGGCACACGACGCCUCAUCUCUAUUCGUCACAGAUGGUGCGGAUGGACUCCCAGAUUCAUUUAUCCAACUGAACAAGAGAAAGCCAACGGGUGCCAAAUCUCUUCGGCAAGACCUGCUAAACAUUUUAGACCCUGUCGUUGAUCUUCUUGGUCCCAAAAGAAGCUCCGAAGAUCUCUCCUCCAACAACGAGCAAGGCCCAUGCAAGCGCCAACGGACGCGCCAGCUGGAAGAAGAUGCCGUUGACAGCGAAAGCAGAGCUCGCUUUCGCCCAUAUCAAGAGCAGCAGUGGAGAGAACAGUUCCAAAAGCUCAUCCAAUACAAGCUUGCACACGGACACUGCUGUGUUCCUCACUCUUACCCGGUCGACCCUAUCCUUGCCCGAUGGGUGAAGCGACAGAGGUACCAAUACAAGAAGUUUCAAGACCGUUGCUCUUCAUCUACCAUGACGACCCGCCGCAUUCAAGAUCUGGAAUCCAUCGGGUUUGUAUGGCACUCUCACGCGGUAGCAUGGAAGGCCAAGCUGAAUGAACUCAUGAUCUUCAAGCAACAAAGAGGCCAUUGCAAUGUCCCAUCCUAUUAUCCAGAAAACGUUUCGCUCUCCACAUGGGUAAAGUGUCAGCGACGACAGUACAAAAUGUACGUCUCUGGCUCUCCUUCGUCCACUAUGACGAUGGAACGAUUUCAAAUGUUGCAAUCCCUGGGCUUUGUCUUCCACGUACCAAAAUCUAGGAUGUAA